AUGGGGCCCGAAGGAAUGCCGAGGAUCGUGAUUGGGAUAGACUUUGGAACAACCUUCAGUGGUGUGGCUUGGGGCCUCGAGAACGGUCUCGAUGAUCUUGAAGUUAUCCAAACAUGGCCGGGGGGUGGAAACAAUACAUCGCAGAAAGUUCCCACUGUAUUCCAUUAUCGCAACGGAAAGAUUCGAUGGGGCUAUCAAGUCGACGAACCCUGGAAAUCGAUCAAUGGGGUCAAACUUCUACUCGAUGAAAAUCCAACGUACCGCUACAGUCCGUCAAAGGAUGCUGAAACACCUUUGAAAGCCAUGAAAAAGUCCGUAAUCACUGCAUCUGGUGAGUAUGUAGGGAUGCUGGUGGCCCAUGUGAAAAAUAUCCUCAAGAAUCGAUUCGGGAGUGCACUACAGGCAAUGAACCUUGAAUUCGUGAUGACGGUUCCGGCUGUAUGGUCAGAUAAGGCAAAAGAUGCCACAAUUCAAGCAGCAUGCCUGGGAAACAUACCAAAAAACAACUUGUUUCUAGUUUCAGAGCCCGAGGCAGCGGCUGUCUAUGCAAUUCGGACAAUCCAGCCGAACACUAUCGCUGAGGGCGAUUGCGUCAUCGCGUGUGACGCUGGAGGAGGGACUGUGGACCUUAUCACAUACCGUAUCAAUCAAACAGAGCCCUUGAGACUGGGAGAAAUAACAGAGGGAACCGGGGCGAUUUGUGGCUCUGUGAUUCUGGAUCAACGAUUUGAAGAAUUUCUGUCCAGCAGGAUAGGAGAGGAAACAUACAAACGGCUGCCUCACACAGCACGAAGCUUUGCACUAAAGCAUUGGCAGGAUUAUAUCAAACCUAACUAUCAAGGAACUCUAGACUCUGAAGAUUUUGCUGAUGUGGGCUAUUGCGUUCCAAUUCCGGGAAUUCCGGAUAUUCCAAACAUAAACCUGGAAGGCGGCUUUCUCCACAUGGACAGCAAUGAUGUGGAGGGCAUUUUCCACCCGAUCAUACAAAAAAUCGAGGAUUUAGCAAUUGUUCUCGUUGGAGGCCUUGGCGCAUCUGAGUGUCUCUUCAAGCGAUUGCAAGAGGCGUCUACGGGUGUUCAAGUUAUGCAACCACAGAACGCGUGGUCUGCAGUGGUCCGUGGAGCGGUUUAUCGAGGCUUGGACGGGAAUCAGGUAGACAAUAGGAAGGCCAGAUGCCACUACGGUGUAUCAUGUGUCAAAAUCUACAAUGAGAAGAUACACGGCUCGGAACAGAAGCCUGUGUGGUGUGAGCUGGAGGAAGCUUGGAAGGUUUAUGACCAAAUGAAUUGGUAUAUCAACAAGGGAGAUUCAAUUGCAGAGGACCAGCCGAUAAAACUCGAGUUUUACCGUGCUGUUCCCACCCAUAGCCGCCUGCUUUUCACGGACAAGCUGCAAUUCUGCCUAGCAGAACGGGCGCCAAAAACGGUGAACACCACUGUGUCCAAACUUUGUGAGCUAGAGGCCGAUCUAAGCGAGAUACCGAAAGACCUGUUUGAAAUACAUCAUAACUCCAAGGGCAAAGCGUACUACAGAAUCGAUUACCAAUUGGUUUUGACUCCCACAUCCGCAUCGUUGCUCUUUGAUUUAGAGUUCAAUGGGAUAUCCUACGGAACUGUGAGAUCACGAUACUAG